AUGCUGACAGAAGAUAUGAAGUUAUGGCAUGGCUUAGUGAUCGCGGUCGCGUCUCUCAUCCUGCAGGCCUGCCUCCUUGUGGUCGUCAACUACCUGCUCAGCAGGCACAUCGCCAAAGAGAAUGAGCAAUUACUACAAAGAGCCAGGCUCCAGGCCCCCAAGCUUAACCCUGCCCACCACCACCUACCUGCUGCCCAGGAGAUGAAGGAGACUCGGGCAGAGAGAAGCACUCCCGUGUCUGAGCCCUGUUACAGGCAUGACAGUGAUACAUCCUCAGACAGCUCCGACACCUCGGACAGCUCCAACAGCUCGCCUCCCACCGGCCAGGCCACCAAGAAUGUGAAUUACACACAAGUGGUCUUUUCAGCCACUGGUAGACUGAAAAACAAAUUUGCCUUGGACUAUGAGAACAUAAAGGAAACCACAGAUUAUGUCAACAUCGAUCCCAAAAGUCACACGCACAAUUCCUGGACUUUUGUGAACCCUGCUGUCUCUGAGCCAGUGGAAUACACUCAAGUGGCCAUAUGAA